AUGGCGUCAAUGACAACCAGAAGGAGCGCCAAAAUGGACAGAGUUCUAGUGACUGUUGGAGCUAUCGUUAGCAUAAAUAUUGUCUCCAUCGUAGGGACGUCCUUCUUGAGCCUCAACGAGAAAGUCAAGUAUAAACUAAUACUGGUCCAAAGCUGGUUAACUCUGCAAUCUGUCAUGUUUUUUUCUGCAAGAUACCUGUGGAUUCGUUUGUGCUUGCCGUUAUACAAUCAUCCUUCUAAUAUAAAUAGACUUCUGUUGGCAUUUAUUAUCAUAGUGCUUAGCUUAUCGCAGGGUAGCAUUGUCCUAGGACUCAUAUUUUCUGGCGUUGAACCGCACUGGAUCUCUCUCUUAUCUUACACAAGUUUAGGAUUGUUGAUUCUGUUGACUUCGACGACUGUCAUCAGCGAUUUGUUUACGUGGAUGUUUGGCGUGGUAAAUUUAAGAUCCGGUCUAGUUAACUCAAGAAUACACUACGCGAGAUUUCAAGUUAUUCUAAUCCUUGUAAUUUCCACAACUUUAGCAGUGUUAGCACUGCAAAAUGCCAUCAAAGAACCAAUGGUUAAAAAGGUUAGGAUACCAAUGAAGAAUCUUCCAUCGGAAUUUAAUGGUUUUACGAUAGUAAUGCUACCUGAUGUACAUGUUGGGCCUACUGUUGGUAGGACAAUGCUUGAAAAAGUGGUAAAGACAACUAAUCAACUGAAUCCAGAUGCUGUAUCCAUAAAUGGAGACCUGGUUGAUGCUUCUGUUUAUCAGAUUCGUCAGGCAGUUAAGCCACUUCUCAAGUUAAGAGCAAGAUAUGGGGUCUACUUUGUAACAGGUACAUAAUAUGUAUUAUACAGUGGAACCUUGAUGUAACGAAGGGCCAAGGGAAUACCAUAAUGUGUUUGCUAUAACAAGGUUUCAUUUUAUCGAGGUUCUCUUCCCUAUAUUGUAUUUAUUCGAAUAAGCACCCCUCCUCGAAUUAGCACCCACCUCGAUCGAAUAAGCGCCCAUCCUUAAGGCAGAAAAAGUUAAUAAGUGCCCAGCCUCGAAUAAUGCUAAUAAUUUAUGACAAACCUCUAUUGAGUGACCAACCUCCCAUUAAGCGGCCUCUUGCCAGUUCUCCAAGGGUGGCUGCCUAGUGGUGGUUCAACUGUACUACAGAUGGAUGAUCCACUUAUAAAAUGUCAGUUUAAAAGUCUAUUAUAAAUUAACUAAAGAUGUGCAGAGAUGCCAACCUCCACAGGUCUGAAAUGUGUAGCUUGUCCCUUUUUGAGGGAGGUGAAUAGGCCAACGGAUUUGAAGAUUUUGAAAAUAUUUUUGCCCGGAUUUCAGAUUCAAAGCAAGGUUUUAACGGAUUUCCAGAUCCAGCAAUUGCAGCAGAUUGUGGAUUCAUCCAGUUUUUGGGCCCGGAUUUUGGACUUUGCGUAUAAUGAAGAUAUUUUUGCCCGGAUUUUGGAUUCAAGGCAAAAUUUUAAUGGCGGAUUGGUUAAUAAAUUUAAAAUUAUAAUGGAUCAGCAGAUUUGUCUACCCCUAUUCACCCCCCUCCUUUUUCAGUCUCCCCUCCUAAUGUCAACCACACCCCCUCCCCUUCCCCCGGCUAUCAGCACAAGUUGACCCACAUGCCAAAUUAUAUCAUGGGAAUCUCUCUGGGACAAAGUUGGUUAUAUAUAAGCUACAAUGCUUGCAAGCAAGCUCUCCCAAGGGUAGGGGGGGACAAAAUGAGGAAAGGAACCUUACGUGAAAUCCUAACCUUUCCCGUUUCUCCCUCCCCAAACCCCAGGAGCCCCAGGAAAGCUUGCUUGCAGGCUAAAUGGGCAAACAGAGAGAUUAUCUGUCCAUCUUUUAGUUCAGGUGUGCUAAGCAUUGUUUUAUCCAGGCGGGUGAUCAUGUGUUUGCCCUUUUUAGUACAAACACAUCUUACAAGGCAACUAUAAAGCUUCCUUUCAAUCUGAUAAACAAAUACAUGCCAACACUAAUGUAUUGAAGACAUACUUCAUUUCCCUAGACAGCUGACCCUUCCACGGUUUUUUCAACUUUUGACUGCGACCAGUUAACAAAAAUCUGUCAACGCAGCUAAAAAGAAGUAAAGAUCAAGUUUGAAUGUGGUUUCUUGAAAACUAAUGAAGGUAUAGCUGCUCAAAGUUGCAGAAUUUUAUAGACAUUUGUAUGGUGGGGAGCAAGUUCAUGCCCCAAAAUAAUAGACUAGCCUGCAAAAACAUCGGUUUCUCCUUGCUCUUUGCCGAUGGGGAUGUUUUGUGCGGAGGAACGUCUGCGACUCAGUGACAGAAAUUCCAUCCUGAUGACAUAAAAUCUGUCUGGAAUCCGGUCAGAAGCGCUCAUUGGUCGUCAGAGUAGUUACAUUGUUUUAGCUAUUGUUUACAAAUGACAGACAAAAGAAAAAAGGCCACAAAGGUCAAAUGUAAACUAAUAAAACGCGAAGAAUCUCUAACAAAACAGUCAAUAUUUGUGGAAUAUAAUCUUUUCUAGAAGAAGCAUUUGAGUUUUGCUGGAACUCGUUGGCAGAUGAAUAUAACACUUUACCAAAAUCGACCAGAAGACAUGUAAAAUUGGACAAAUUUGUAUUUGGAACCCCAUGACUACUGGAUUUAUUAUGUAAACAUUGGUUUGCAUCAUCAGGAUGGAAUUUCUGCCGCUGAGUCGCAGACGUUACUUCUUGUGAAACGUCCCUGGUGGCGAAGAGCGAGGAGAAACGGAGAAACUGUUUUCGCAGGCUACAAAUAGACACAAACCUGUAAAAUUUUGUGACUUUGUGGAGCAACAUCUUUGCUUGCUUUUAACAUAUCAUCUUUAAACUUGGUAAGUUUCUUAAUUUUAAGGCGCUCUUUCCAACAAUGUUAAUGGCUAUUCGCUAACUUGUAUUUAUCAAAACUUUGAAAAAAAUGAUGUGAAAGGGUCCAUUCUCGUGCUGUAAUCUUAAUAGUUUACUCUUUUUAUAGGAAACCAUGAUUACUAUACUGGUGACAUUGAUGGCUGGAUGAAGGAGCUGGAAUAUCUUGGCGUGACUCCCCUCCGUAAUUCUCAUGUUCUUUUAACGCAUCCAAACAAACCACAGGUUGAACUUUGUCUUGCUGGAGUGGAUGAUACCGAGGGUGGUUUUCUCAGGUAAGUUGUUCUGAGUCAUAAUAAGCACAAUACAGCAUUUCAAAUAACCUGCAUAUAUAGCAAGCGUUUUCACAAAAGUGUGUUGAGAAAAUUUAAAAGGGUAACAAAAAAGUGGGAUAAAGGGGGAUGGGAGAAAAGGAAAUGCUUGUACACAAAUCUCAAAAUACUGAUGCCACUAAUGCAGCCUGUUUUUCGGGUGGUGUGGAAGUGUUGACUGGAAAGCGAUUUCCUCUUCUACCCUCCUCCUUCUUCCAUUUUGUGGCCGCCUUAUGUUACAAAUUUUGUACUAUACAGUCCAGGAACCCCACUAACAGCCACCGCUCUACAAUGGCCACUUUUUUUUGUCCCAGCAAACAAAAAGUCCAUACAUUGACUCUUGUUUAAAGCCUCUCUACAACGGCCAUGUCUUGGUUCCUUCUGUGAGUACCGGAGCACAGAUUACGUAAUACAAUAGUAAUAAAAGACAGGAAACAAAACAACUCCAAAUAAAGACUAAUCCCAAGUGACCAAAAAUACAAAGCUUUCCGGUACCUGCAGAAAGACCCCAUGUCUUUACAGCCGCCACUUUCUUCUGUCUUCAAGGUGGCUGUUGUAAAGGGGUUCUACUGUAACUCAAGUGGAAACACUUGCUAUGCAGGCCACCUUUCAAAAGCAAAACUGUAAUAAUUUUAUAUGAUAAAAAUGAUAAAGAAAAGAUGAACACUAGGUGAAAGGGUCAUUUUGCUUUGUAUUGCUUUGUUCCCUCAAAUAAGAAUUUGCACUAUGCUCUGUAUUUAGUGCCAUCUCCCAAUUAAGCACUUAAUCAGCUAAUCCUUGGCUAAACUAGCAAAAUAAGUGCCUCCCAAACUCCCCACCCCACCCCCGCCCCUUCUUGUGGCUCAAUUUUGAGUACCGUAAAGUAUAAGCCCUGGGCUUAUACACCUUUAUAAGGGGUCUUAUUAGGACUUCUAAAUGGAUGGGCUUAAAUCCGAUGGGGGCUCUUAACCAAAAUAAAAAAGCGCUUAAUGAUCAUAGAAGUGCUGAUCAAAAUAUGUUCUGCAUUUACUAGUUUUUAAUUAAGUUUCAAACACCAUAUGAAAUCAAACUCAUUUCAAUAUAAGCUACAGGAGGGCUUGUAUAUGGGGGGGCAUAUAAUUGCAUGUAUUUUCUUGUUUACCAGGAGAUGGGCCUGUGACUGGGGGGCUUAUAAGCAGCAGUUUAUUGUAAGGUCUCAAGCUGGAUCUAACCAUACGAUUUCACGUGAAGUUGUUUGCAUACAUUUUUCUAAACAGCAGACUGAACUAUUCAAAUGCCUUCUCUUCUCUAAUGGACAGGUAUUCAACAUGGGCCCUCUAUGAUCCUAUAGUAGCUCCUCAUGAUCCCAGGCGGGUAUCUAAGAUAAAUACUGACUGAUUUCCUAAACAAGCGUCAAAGGCGCAAACUUCUAGGGCGGUUUGGGAGCAGGCUCCCCCAGGAAAUUUUUCCUUUAACCCUUUAAGCCCCAGUAUCCACAAACAAAUUCUCCAAACUGAUCUCUAUACAUUUCCUUUAAGAAUUAGUUAAGAGAAUUUGAUAAAAGAUCAAAGUAUUUUCUCCUAGGUGAUCAUUUUAUUAAUUCUCAUAACCUCAUCUCAUUACAGUGUAUGGAUAUCGUUAGGAGAAAAUUGCUGUUGGUCACUAUUGGUGCUUAAAGGGUUAAGUCCCCUUUCCAGGGUUUCUGAGUCAUUCAGAUAGGAUAUUGGUCAGAUUUCAACUUGGAAAGUGUUUUUUAUCAUUAAAAAUAUAUUUAUUUUGAAAAAUCUGACCAAUUUUCUUAAAAUGGUGGAGGCAGGUGUGCCUGGUUCCUUUAUGAAUUUGAAAAAUGAAAUGAUCGCACUUUUCAUUACUUUAGAUCUGGGGAUCACGGCACCGACAUAGGCAAGGCACUGACAGGAGUCAAUCAUGGUACCCCAACAGUUUUACUUGCUCACAGACCAAAAGUUGCAAAACUGGCUUUGGAUGAUUAUCAUGUUGAUCUUGUUUUAACUGGUCACACACACGGAGGACAGUUAUUUCCAAUACAUCUGUUUCAUCUUGUUGCCGAACCAUUCUUUGCGGGGCUUUACCAGCACAAAUCUGGAUCAUACGUUUAUGUUUCCAGUGGGGUUCAUUUUUGGGGAAUGCCAAUGAGGUUGUGGUCCAAGGCAGAAAUAACUCAUGUUACUCUGACAACUGCAUAACGGCAGUUUUUGUCAAAUCGUCAUUAUUUUCUACUACUGCUGAGUCAUCUGUAGCUCACAGCACUAAAGA